AUGCUGAAAUCAACAUUAGUUAGGGAUAAACCCACCUUGAUCACGUCCUGGUACCGGAAAUUUUUCGUUUCGGGGGGGGGGGGGGGGGGUGGCGAGGGGGGGGGGGGGGGGGGGGGGGGGGGGUGGGGGGGGGGGGGGAGGGGGGGGAGUGUGGGGGGGGGGGGGGGGGGGGGGGGGGGGGGGGGGGGGGGGGGGGGGGGGGGGGGGGGGGGGGGGGGGGGGGGGGGGGGGGGGGGGUGGGGGUUAUGGGGGGGGGGGGCGGUUGCCUGGCUGUCCGCUGCGUCUUAG